UCUCAAGACCUCAUACCGGACAAUUAACUCCUUGAGCCUACGCCUUCUCUCGACAUGGCUGACUCGACUGAUGAAAAUGCCACGGCUGUCUCGGAGCCUCUCGAUCUGGUGCGAUUAUCACUCGAUGAAAUCGUGUUUGUGCGACUCCGUGGUGAACGAGAACUCAAGGGACGAUUACAUGCCUAUGACAGUCAUUGCAAUCUCGUUCUAGGAGAAGUCGAAGAAACCAUAUACACCAUUGAAGAAGAGGACAAUGGAGAUGAGAAUGUCAAGAUAUCCAAGAAGCAGUCGGAGAUGCUGUUCGUUCGAGGCGACUCCGUGGUCCUCAUAUCGCCACAGCCCGCAGCUUAAAGGCGUCAGUUCCUCGCAAACACACACUUAAGAUCGCUUCGAUCGAGUCCUUUACCAGCAUCUGAGUCACCUUUGAAUGCCAUGAACCAACCGUGGAGCCCGUGGUGGCAGUGUUCCAGCCAGCUUUGAAUCUGGCAUGAGUCAUUCCAGCAGGAUUGAGCGAUGGACUGUGCUAUUGAGCACUAGAUUCCCCACACGGAUGGUCCAUCUAUCCCUGUUACUCUUUGAGAUAUACUCUUCCAGACAGGCGAGAGUCAUACAAAGUCAAGCAGGAACUGAACGAUGACGCAACACAGUAUAUGAGACGAGCAUUCCAUCGAGGAAUGAUUUGACCAAAGUCCCGCCUAGUCAGUCAUGAUCGAAUGACUGACCAGUCUGGGACGGGCUACGACUAUGACUAGGCCAGGCAAACCGGGGAAUUGGGAAUAAGGCAGCCUCAUAGGAUCAUGCUUAGUAGAUGCCACCUAUAGUAUAGUACCAUAGUUCUACGACUACCUAAUAAACAAGGUAGAUUUUGGUAGUCGCAGUAUGUUCCAUGAUCCUGUUCUGUUUUAUGACUAUUGG